GUGCCAUGCGUGGCUGUGUUGUCAGCCUUGUGGGAGCUGUAGGCAUGGGUGGCCAGCAGGCGGGAUUUAUAAUGGUGAUGAAUCCCGGAGGUCUUAGUAAUUAUGGCUGUCGCUGGACGGAGAGAGGAGGGGGGACAACCCUGUGGAGGCAUUUUAUCUUAAUCACAGCUCAGCUCCAUUCAAAUUAAUUUGACAAGUUUCCCCAAUCCUUAUUAAAAGACGCAUCUGACAAAUGACAACCCCCCUCCUCCUCCUCCUCCUCCUCCUCCUCAUCUCUCUCUCUAAACGCCUAGUCAUGAAAGAAAUAAAAAUAUUUGGUUAAAGAAAAAAAAAAAAAGAAAAAAAAGAAACCACUACAAGGUUGCAGAUAUAGAUAUAUUUGUCUCUCCCUGCAGGUUGCCCUGAGCCUAUCCAUCCCUCCCACCUCCCGAGUGUUUCUAUAGUAAUUUCCAGCCAAUGAUCAGUAGGUGUCCACAUCCCUGCUUCCUCACCUCAGCACCAAUCAGCCACACACAGCGACAGGAGACACGGACCGAGCAGAGAGAGACCAAGGCAAGCAGGCAGCAGACACACACACACACAAUACACCAAGAGGAAGAGGAACCCCCCCUUUCACGACGACACCUUUUGGCUUAUUUAUGCACUUUCCAACCUUUUUUUUUUAAACGUUGACAAGAAAAAGUCGAUAAAAAUGCUCCUUUUGUUUUGAGCGCUCUGAACGCACACGGAGACGCACACGGAGACGCACACUCGCCUCGCUCAGCUGCUGGCUGCGUGUCUGUCUGCGCGUCUUUUCUCGCAUCUUCUUGCGUUAUUAUUAUUAUUAUUAUUAUCCCCCCGCGUAUCAUCGCUACAGCAGUAAUGUGCCGUUACACGGUCGCAGGCUGGUAGCAUCUUGGGAGCUCUUCUUCUCAACAGGAACCUGCACUGGAGAAGAUAAACCAGGAUGGUAACACACUGUUGGUAACCAGCUCCAGUUCCACAAAGGCCACUGUAACCUCACUCUCUUCUCCUGAACACUGACAACCGCUCCUCAGCCAUGGCUAACAUAAACAAUGCGCUUUGCAUUGAAAACGGACAGAACGCAGAUGUGUCUCUCUUACAAAAGGAUACUCUCGGGGAUGGUGGAUUAAGCCAGCUUUUGGAUUAUAACGCAGAAAUGGAAAGGUACAGGUCUUUUGCAAACUUUUAUAAAACCAAUGGGGCAUUUCCACAGACUGCUAAGAUUGCCCGCAUCACAACGCCCAUUUUUCCCAGUGCUAGAAUUGGCAUGUCCCCUUGGAACUGCGAUAACGCCAUGCUCUGGGGAAGGAAAUCAGCGGCAAUAAACCCUAAUAGGACCAGCAUGCAUAGAAAUGACUCCCAGAGGCCGGGGAAGCCUGGCGUGCCGCCAGAGACGCUGCAAAUGGCAAAUAAUAAUUUCCUCUCUACCUUAUCCCCCGAACACUGCAGACCUUUAGCAGGAGAAUGCAUGAACAAGCUGAAAUGCGGCGCUGCUGAAGCAGAGAUAAUGAAUCUCCAAGAACGCGUUGGAACUUUUUCCGCUAUCCCGGCUUUAGGGGGCAUCUCAUUACCUCCCGGGGUCAUCGUCAUGACAGCCCUUCACUCCCCCGCAGCCUCAGCAGCCGUUACAGACAGUGCGUUUCAAAUUGCCAAUCUGGCAGACUGCCCACAGAAUAAUUCCUCGGUAUCCAGUGGAAACCCAGCGAAGAAGAAAAGGAAAAGGUGUGGGGUCUGUGCACCCUGCAGGCGGCUAAUCAACUGUGGUGUCUGCAGCAGUUGUCGGAACCGCAAAACGGGCCACCAGAUCUGCAAAUUUAGGAAAUGCGAGGAGCUGAAGAAGAAGCCAGGCUCGUCGCUGGAGAGGACGCCGGUAAACACCGGCGAAGCUUUUCGGUGGUUCUUUUAGAGCUGCGAGCCAUGGCUGCCCCAUCCAGCCGUAGGAGGGCAGGUGGGACUCUUGACUCUCUGCCAGGAGCACUUGAUGGGUUCACAGAGCCCAACGCGCCCCCAACACGUUUGGGGAGGACGAGAGAAGAAAAGUGGACAGACAAAAAGAUAAAUGAAAACAUAAUGGUGUUGUUUUAACUCUGUAAUUUCCUUUUCUGUGUAAUUAUUGUACCUUUUGACAGUAUCAUAAUGUAUAUUUUUGGUGUCUAUGAAUGUGUUUUCAGUGUUGUGGCUGUAGGUUUACAGCCAAUCCUAUGUAAAGGACUCAAACAGACAGACAAUCAUACAAUCAUACUGAUUCCGUCAAACCGAAGAGGCCACAAGGAUUGAUGAUAUAACAAACACAACACACUUUACUCUGGAGCAAUAAUCUAUUCUGUUGAUUAUUCUUCAACCUUUCAUUUCUUUUUGACUCUUGAAUUAUUUUAUCAAACUGAAUCAUCUUCUAGUUUUGUCUUUUAUUCCAUCUGGAAAUUUUUUAAAUGCCACUCUAAUGUUAAAGACCGUCGCCGGCGAUGUGAUGUGUCUCGUUGAGAACAAUGACGGGAAGGACGGCAGCUUCUGUGACGGACUUGUUGACGUGUUUCCUCAUUUUAAGUGGACUCACUGCAGAACAGGGCACAUUGUCUUGUGCGGUGAGUUGCACUGCUUUAAAAUCCAAUUGGCCGUCAUUUGAUUGUGACAGCAGCGGAGGUUUAUGAGUCAUGCUGCUGUCGGGAGGUCAUAUUCUCAAAGAUGAUCUCAAAGUACAUGUUUUUUAACAAAACUACGUAGGUCAUCAAACCUCUUUUUUUAUUCCACUAAAGGUUGUAACUGUCUAAAAGGUAGAGAGUAAUGCCAGUAAAGGAAUUGUAUGUUAUGUUGAAAACACUCAAAUUUAGAAUUAAUUACAGUACACUAUACAUAUUUGACAUAUCAGAUGUUGUUCUGGAGCUAAGGGAUAGUCUGGACUUUUCUCCUGCAAAGUAACGUUAACACAUUCCAAAAACAGAAUUAUUCAAUAAGUUACUCAUUGUCUUAAACCCUAUUGUUGCAUGUGUAAAUGUGUUUUGGUUUUAAAGAUUACUAAGAAUUUGUAUAUUGUUGUUGUGAUGCUUUUAUGUGUUAAAAUAAAAAAAAAAAAAUGACUUCAGUAAAAAACAGUAAAUGUUUGAUUUGGCUGAAUCACCAACGACAGGAAAAAAAAAAUCAGUGAUCAAUUAUGAACACCUGAUAAGGAAAAGAUCCUAUUUUUUUUCCUCCCGCAAAGCAUCAACAGGAAUAACAACCAGGAGGAGACGGGAGGAAUGUAACAGCAUUGGUUACCUCCCCAGUCACGUAGUCCCUUGAAUACU